AUGUCAGGACCACCACCAGCGAUUGCUCCUCCAACAGCGCCUGCUGAAGCAAAGAAGGCUACCUUGUCAGGAUACGUCGGAAGAGGAGGAUUGGGCAAAUCUACUCUGGUCAAUACGCUACUUGCAUCGCAUCUACUGGAUUCAAAGGCUUCCAAGAAGGCUUCCGACCCGCCACGAAAGACUACUGAAAUCCAAAACAUCAGUCAUGUACUCGAAGAGAAUGGUGUCAAACUCAAAGUGACCAUCACUGAUACUCCUGGAUAUGGCGACCAAGUGAAUAACGAGAACUGUUGGGAACCCAUUGUAAAGUUCAUCAAGGAUCAAUACGCCACGUAUCUACGACGAGAACUGACUCCCAACCGUGAAAAACGAAUCCCCGACACCCGUGUCCAUGUCGUCCUCUUCUUUAUUGAGCCAACUGGUCUAGGGUUGAAGGCUUUAGACGUGACCGUCCUACAAAAGCUAUCUGAAAUCGCAAACGUCGUACCAGUCAUUGCCAAAUCAGAUUCACUGACACUCGAAGAACGAUCUGCAUUCAAGAAACGUAUUCGUCAAGAGAUUGAAUUCCAUGGUAUUCGUUGUUAUCCACUCCCUGAUGCCGAUGACGAGCCUGUCUUGACGGAUCAGGACAAGGCAGAAAGGGCACAGGCACAGCAGAUGAGAGACAUGAUUCCCUUUUCUGUUGUUGGGUCGGAGAGAAAUAUCGUGGUAGAUGGUAAAGCUGUGCGAGGAAGGAGAACCAAAUGGGGAAUGAUCAAUGUUGAAGACCAAAGUCACUGUGAAUUCGUACCAUUGAGAGCAUUCUUACUACGAACACACUUGCAAGAUUUGAUUGAGACCACAGGGCUGUUACACUACGAAGCAUUCCGUACUAGACAACUAUUGGCCUUGAAGGAAUCAAGCGCUCCAUCCAAGGUCCCUGGAGAUGUAUCUCGUGAUCCUAGUGUCCGCAACAUGUAG